AUGCCGGCGGCGUCUGUGGUCGCGACGGCCGUGGAGAGGCUACAGACGGUGGCACAGGACGCCGCCAUGUCCUCGUCGCGCUCGGCCGUCGCCUUUUCCGAGCAGGCGCAACAAACCCUCGUGCCCAGGGCCGCCGGCCGGGUUGUUUCUUUGUCAACAUGUACAAAGGUCAGCGCCAUUAGCUUUGCUGUUGGUAUUGUGGUGGGGUUCACGCUCAAGAAAAGGCUACGCAGAUGGGCUGCUAGACUGCUGAAGAGAAUUAAGGACGAUGACUAG